CAGCGAGCUAGACGACCAUGUCUGGCUCUUCUCGAAGGGUGCCAUCGGCCUCACCGGUCACUGGCAAGCAAGUGCCACCUCACUACUUGCACGCCUCCGAUGCCUACUUUCGCGACACGAGCGGCCGCGCUAUUCUUCUGCGAGGCAUCAACUUCUCUGCCUCGAGCAAAGCGCCCCUCAACCAGCCUUCGCAGGUGCUGGACGGAUUCUGGGAACGAGCCGAGCGGGGAGGCGACAGCUUCGUGGGCCAGCCACUGGACCUCGAAGAUGGCUCUGCCGAGGUGCACCUAGCCAGGCUCAAGGCUUGGGGCUUCAACUGCAUGCGCUUCGUCUUUACGUGGGAGGCUUUGGAGCAUCAGGGGCCAGGCAAAUACGACUACGAAUACAUGGACUAUGUUGUUGCCGUGUUGCGAAGGAUCAAGCAGCACGGCUUCAGAGUGUUCAUGGACCCUCAUCAGGACCUUUUUUCGCGCUUUACCGGAGGCUCGGGCGCCCCUUACUGGACGCUCCUCGCUUGCGGUCUCAAUCCCCGGAACCUGACUGUGACGCAAGCGGCUUUCUUGCACAACGAGUACCCGAAUCCCAACAAGCCCGAGCCACUAGAGUACCCCGACAUGCUCUGGACGACCAACUACACGCGUCUGGCGGCAGCUACGCUCUUUACCAUGUUCUUUGCCGGUGAGGCAUUCACCCCCCUUUGCGUCAUCGACGGCGUCAACAUUCAACACUGGCUCCAACGACACUACUUUGAAGCAUGUCGCCAGCUGGCUUUGCGUAUCGAGGCAGCCGGCGACCUCUGCGAUUCGUGUGUCAUUGGCUGGGACAGCAUCAAUGAGCCAAACCCUGCCUUUGUUGGUAUGGAGAAGCUCGAUGCACUCGCGCCGCAGCUCAAGAUGCGCAAGGGGCCAAUGCCAACGCCCAUUCAGUCUAUGCGUCUAGGUGUUGGUCAGAAGCAAAAGGUCGAGCACUAUGUUUUUGGACCCUUGGGACCCAAGAGAAAGGGUUUCGUAGAAGUCGACCCUCAGGGGUCUAGUGUCUGGCUCAGCCGGCAGCAAGAUGAGCAACAGGCGGACUCACGUUGGGGAUGGAAGAGGGCAGAGUCAUGGCCUAUUGGACGAUGUGUCUGGGCGGCUCAUGGCGUCUGGGACGACAACAGCGAGGAUGGAAGCUUGCUCAAGGCCGACUAUUUCAGAAAUCUCCAAGGACAGAAGGUCAACUUCGUCGAGGACUUCUGGCUUCCACAUUGGCGAAACUACUCGGCAAUUAUUCGCGGUGUCCACAAGGAAGCCAUCAUGUUCUUGCAGCCGCCGGUGUUUGAGCCGCCGCCCAAGUCGCUGACCGAAGACGACCUCAAGCAGCGCGCUUGCAAUUCGGCCCACUUCUAUGACGGCCUUACGCUCGUCACCAAGCACUGGAAUUGGUUCAAUGCCGAUGCGCUCGGCCUCUUGCGAGGAAAAUACUCGGGCGUCCUCUUUGCCGUCCGUGUCGGGUUCCCAGCUAUUCGCAAAUGCCUUCGGGAUCAAUUAGGAUAUCUUCGGAAGGACACUGAGGAUGUCAUGGGACAUUAUCCCACCCUGAUUGGCGAAUUGGGGAUCCCGUUCGACCUCGACAGCAAGAAAGCCUACUUUGGCGAUUCGAAGGGAAAGGGAAAGGGCGACUACACGUCUCAGACGGCCGCGCUGGAUGCGAGUCUGAAUGCAUGUGACGGAGACAACUUCCUCAACUUUGCUCUCUGGACCUACGCGCCCGACAACACGCACCUUUGGGGUGAUGGAUGGAAUGGAGAGGACCUGAGCAUCUGGAGCACAGACGACCUCCGGGAAAACGGCCUUUCACUACCUCUCUCGGAAACGACGACCCUCACCAGAUCUUCAGGCAAUGGUGUGGCGUCUGGCAGCAACGACCCUUCCGACCCUCGUCACGUUCUCGACCUUAGCGACUCGUCCGCGACGCUGCUCUCACCCAACAAUGACAGUAACAAAGUGAGCAAAGCCGAGGGAGGGGACGUCAUCUGCUACCGGGGCAACCUCUCGGCUCUUUCCAAUGGCUCUCGCUCCGAAGCAGCCUUUUCCAGACCAUUCGCCAGCGCGGUGGUCGGCACGCCCCUGUCGAUGGACUUUGAUGCCUCGAAGUCCGAAUUCAAGCUCGUGAUCAAGGCCACAGACAGCGACAUUGAGCUAGCAAAGCAGCACGGUCUGGGAAUAGACGUGUUUGUGCCAUUUGUUCAUUAUGCGGCCCAGGGCUUCGUACAGCGAGGACGUGCUGCCAUGGGGAGCAAGGUUGAGGCGAUCGAGUCCUCCGCUAGCUCCAUCGACGGUUCGCAAUCAAGUGCAGAUGACAGGGGCGACGUCGUGGCAGUGGAUGUCGAAGUGUCGUCGGGAGCGUGGAAGCUUAACGGACAGACGUUGACGUGGUUCCUGGAUCCUUUGCCGUCUGCGAAGGCUGGAGAGGAGGUCGAGUACAGGCUAACCAUGACAAGACGGGGAGGUACUUUGGGCGUUCAUCGCGACCCCUCGACAUGGCAAGUCUUCACCGAGCAAAUCAGGUCAUGGAUCACCGCGUGAGAUGCUCCAAUCUUCUCUGUCACAUUGACCCACUUUUCAUCUUUAACAAUGCUUUGUCAAUCCUGUACAAUGAUCCAACUACUACAUUUCUCAUAAUUAUACUGUACAUGCAAGCCUCAAUGAUCAUCUUCUUCCUCGCCUGGGCAGACU